UUUUUUAGGCCAACAAUCACUACGACUCAACUACAAAUUUGCUGCAGUAGAAAAGUUUUGCGCACAACUGAAAGUCAAGUCGAAGCACAGCACUAGCACUACAAUUACAAAGUACUUAGUAGUUUUUCAGAAACUACUCGUAAACUGUUUUAUUCCGACCGAGAAAUCUGAAGCAACAAUCUUUCAAGCAGAUCACCACCGUCGGUUAUAUCAAAAACAAAAAUGGUUGUUCUCGUCCGGAGUCCGAGCGCGAUCACGCUGAUGGUCCUCGCUCUGAUGUGUGUGGGAUCGACCAAAGGCUUCAUCGGGCGGCCCGCCACCGUGUCCGGAACAGUGGGCAAGAGACCCCGGUUCCGCGGCAGCGCUCUGGGCCGCGCGAACCGGGGCCGCGAAGACAACAACAAGCCCCGGCUGAGCUUCAUCGGUGAAAAAAUGGUCAGCUUCUUUUCCUACCUGGUCGGAGCCACGGGCGACGCAGAGGAGAAGGCGUUGACUGGGACCGGCGCGCCGGUCGUCCUGGACGCCGCUGCAGCUGCGACAGGAGCAGCUUCUGUCACCACAACCGACAAAAUGAACGCUGCUGAGCGCGCCGCAGGAACACCACCAGCUACUUCUGCAGACCUCGCGGCUGCCACGGCGCUGGCGCAAAGCGCGCAAGCGAAGUUGCAGGAGGGGGAGCGCUAUCAAAUGUAAACAUGUCUGGGUCUGGAAGAUUGCAACUUGUCAUGCUAAAUCUGCAGCAUGCAAAAAUCUGUGUUGCGUGAUUACCAAAAGUCGCCCAAUUUUGACCAAGUCGGGAGGUAGUUUCUCAUGCAGGAUAGGCAUUGCAAAGGUCUCGCAGAAUCUGUCAUGCGAGCUCCGGCAUUCCAGACCUUAUGGGUCAUGGAAAAGCAGCAUGACAAAUCGCGCAUUCUUCCAGACCCAGACAUUUUUACACUUGAUAAGCGCGAACCGGAACCGUCGAAGGAGGACGACGACCGGGAAACGUCCCUGCUUGAAUCCAUUGACGACACAUCGAUCGACGUUGCCAUCUAGAAGUAUUCUUUGAUCAAAGUCAAAGAAGCUAGUGCGGCGCUCAUCAAAAACUUUUCUUUCAUCAGAACUCUGUCUGCUAGCUCAUUGUCCUUUUUCUUGCUGCUACAACUUGAUCUGCCGACUUUUGAUCACUCGGGCUUGUGAUUCAGAAUCACCCACCGAGUCCGAGCAGACCGAGACGACGACAUUGAGCUAGACGUACAGUAGUUUUUGAUUAUGAGUAAAAGAGUACUAUGACGCAGCGCUUGUGCUUGAUGUAGUGUCCCUGCAAGUGUUGCGAAGGAUGCUGAUACUAUCGAUUUCGAUUUUGUUCCGGGGCUGGUAUCCCCAGCCAAACCCAAACGCCAGCAGUAGUAAGUUUGUAGACUCCUAAGCCUAAGCGUGCUUAUUUUUCGGCUUCGGAGACCACGGACUUUCCCGUUGGGUUAUAAUUAGAAAGUUGUAGUAUUAUUAGUGGAACAAGACAAAUAAACAAAGCACAUACCUGGUUUAUUUCCCAUGUCUCUAUCACUCCACAGAGGAAGAGCUUAUAUCUAAGUGAGGGCGCUUCCUUUUUGCCCUUUGAUUUUGACCAACAAAAUAUUCACAGAUCUGUUUAAUCGAAAGUAACCCCUUCAUUGACAGAAGAUACCUUUGAGGCUCUUCUAGUAGUUUCCUAUGUUCCUUUUCUCAAGUUCUUUUUCAGAAGCCCCGGCGUGUAAUUUGUUUCUCCUCACAUCGUAGACCUAGAUAGCACCACAAAAAUCACAAGUUCAAAUGCAGUACGAAUAAAUUCAAUUUCUUUGGAUUUUCAACCCCCAAGGCUAAGCCAAGUAUAUGAUGUUCUGUCGAAGUACAAGCGGCGGCUCAAUCUGGCGCCGGCCCAAGUCAAC